GAACGUUCUACAUUUUGCCACGCUCGUCCGAUACCGUAUAUAAGCGUUCGCGCGGCAGAUUCAAAACAAAUCAAAAACGUAAAAAAAACGAACAAGAAAGCAAUUUUAGAGAUUUUAAAUCUACACAUUUUAUAAACUGUAACAUGGCUUGGAAUUUAGUGCCUGUUUGGAGAGGAGAUUUUGAUUUCUUUGGACGCCAGAGAGAUUUAUUCUCCGACUGGCUAGACCAGUUUGAAGACGACUGGCGACUUACAAGUUUCGAGGAUUCAGAAAGAAGAUUCCAUGACGAACUAGAUAGAGUGCGCCGAGAACUACAUCAGAUGGAUGCCGAGCCGUCCUUGCUGAGUGUAAAACAACCUUUUGUUACAGAUGCUGCAGGUAACAGAAAACUUAAACUGAGAUUUGACUGUAGUGAUUUCAAACCCGAGGAGAUUACUGUUAAAACCCUGGACAACACACUAAAAGUUCAUGCUAAACACGUAGUUGAUGAGCCUGGUCGUAAAGAGCACCGAGAAUUCACGAGGGAGUUUACGUUACCAGAAAACGUGGAUCCGAACGCGUUAAAAUCUCGUCUGUCGUCAGACGGUGUCCUAGAGAUUGAAGGCCCGGCACCAAAAGCUAUUGAGGAGGCUCCCAAAGAAAACUUAGUUCCAUUUGAACAUUUGGAAUCUAAAGACAAUGGUGAUAAAUAAUAAAAUAUAGUUGUCUCCCUUAGUUAAAAGUGAGUGUGACAGUGAACAGGGAACAAUUAUCAGUAUUAAUUCUAAUUAAAAGUUCUAAUUUUGUGACUUUGUUGAUUUACAAUGUGUUCAUGGUUGGUGAAAUAUUCAUUAGUUGAAAUAUGUUUGUAUGAAUGGCAAAUUUGUACACGGUUAGUUUUGAUAAAUAUUAAAAUGUUAAGCGAU